GAGCAGAACCUCGUGCUGGAAGACUGCACGGCGACCGUGUCCUUGGACGAAAUGCGCCCCCAUCGGAUGGGUGGCCUGAUCGAUGGCUGGGCGGCGCGAUCCUGGACACGAGACCUCCUGGUAGAGCAGUUUGGGCGCUUGGAGUUCCGAGUUCGGCCUUGCGAGACGCUCAAUCAAUAUGGCUACGCUGGACCAUCAAAGCGCUACGUGUCUUUGGACGAGUACUUGUCUGCUGGUUUCGACGGCAG